GGACCCCCAAAGGGCUGUCUUUGGUUAAGUGCCGGUUAAAAAAAAAUGUCGACAUGUUACCGAAAAAAUGAGUAAUAAUAAAUUAAAAUAAACGACGUUGAAAUUGCCACAGGCGCUGAGGCAGGGUUGUGGGACGGCUCCCCCCCCCACCGUAGCGGGGGUCCUAGCUCACCGGAGUCGCUGCUCAGCUGAUCGCAGCCGGAAUGAAAUUGUCGCGCGGACUCCGUCCCCACGUCUCUCUCCGUCUCUCUCAGCGCUCGUCGCCUCAUUCCUCACCUUCACCACCUUCACCACGUUUGCAUUAUUCGAGCCGUGCUCCGCGACUCGGCGGCGAAUGCUGGUGAGAGCCGCCGUGAAGGAAUCCGACACGAGAAGUGACGAAGUUGUGACACAACCACCGUGUACCACGCAGCUAUGGACAAGAUCCUGGAGGGUCUGCUGAGCUCAUCGCACCCGCUGCCGGUGAAGCGCAGCGUGGUGAAGAAGGUCCUUGAAGCGGCCGAAGGCAAACUGGAUGGAGAGCAAUGCCAGGCCAUGUUCACGCUCGCCACACGCCUCACUCUGCUCAGUGAAGAUACCUUCCAGAGACAGGUCGGCCAGCAGGUGCUGGACGCUUACGCGCGCUGCCACCGCGCCCAGUUCGGCGACUUCUUCAACAGCGAGCUGGUGCUCGGGAUGCUGCGCCAAGGCUACGGCUCGCUGGGCCGGCGUGACGCGCGCCUCCUCGACUUUGUGCAGCACGGCCUACGCCUGAGCCUCAGCCUCCCGUCCGUGCUCGCCGUGUACGCCUCGCUGCGCUCCGAGGCCUUGCGCAUGGUGUGCGAGCGCCUCCGACCGUCUACGGCGUGCAGACUCGGCGAGCUACUCAUAGAGUUCCCGCAGUGUCUGCCCAGAGAGGGGCAGCAGGCCAUUGUCUUCUGCAAGCAGCUUGUGCGGACCAUCGGUCACUUUGUCUGCCCGGCGACGGCAGCAGAGGGGGACAGUGCCGACAGCGAGAAGGCCAUCCGGGAAUUCAUUGGGCAUGUGAAUCGCGUCAGCGGGCUGCUGCCCAAGGUGUGGGUGUCGGAGCCGGCCGCCCUCCUCCCUUCCCUGCAGGAGGUGUUUGCCAUCAUCUCCACUCCAGACGUCCCCGCCGAUCCAUCAAUCGCGCUUGCCAGCCUGGUGCAGUACAUCCCCCUGCAGAUGACCAACGUCAUCAUCCAUAGCCUGACGACCGACGCCAAUGUCCACGACGCCAACAUGAUGGUGGCCCUGUGCAGGAUGAUUGACUGGCUGUCUUGGCCUUUGGCCCAACGUGUGGACUGCUGGGUGACAGCAUUGCUCAAGGGUCUGGCUGCCGUGAAUAAAUUCACCAUCCUCAUCGAUGUCACCGUCCUCAAAAUCGAGCAGGUGCUGAGUCGGCUCUGGUUCCCGGUGGUGCGAGCUGGCGCGCUGUCCGUGCUCUCGCACAUGCUGCUCAGCUUCCAGCACUCGCCUGAGGCCUUCCACCUGCUGCUGCCACACAUGCCGGGGCUGGUUACGGAUUUGCGCAAAGAGGCGUCUCCCACCAGCAUGGCGUGCCUUCGGCAGCUGUCCCGCCUCAUGCAGUGCAUGAUGUAUCAGUACUCCGGCUUCCCUGACCUCUACGAGCCAAUCCUCGAGCUCUUCAAGGAUUUCCCCUUGCUGCACGAGGACGACAUCAAGCGCACGCUCACUCGCAGCGCGUGGACGUCGCAGCGCUCGGCAUCCCCCACGGGGCCUCUGCAGCGGGCGGCAGACAGGUCGGAAACCGGGAGGACCGGCCUCGUCAACCUGGGCAACACCUGCUACAUGAACAGCAUCAUCCAGGCGCUCUUCAUGACCACACAUUUCCGCCGAGCGGUUCUGUCUCUGAGCCUCAACGGCUCACGUCCUCUGAUGGGAAAACUGCAGCUUCUCUUCGCCUUUUUGGCUCAUACACAGCGCUCUGCAUUUGAGCCGAGGAAUUUCCUGGAGGUGUCGCGCCCCCCGUGGUUCACGCCGGGCUCCCAGCAGGACUGCUCCGAGUACCUCAAGUACCUCCUCACCAGGAUACACGAAGAAGAAAAAACUCUAAUUCAGCUAAGUAGGAAUGCAAAAGCAGCAAAGCAAGGUCCAGAGUCUAGCGGGAUCUUGCUGACAGAAACACAAUCCGCCGGUGGGAAUCCACAAGACUGCAAAAGAACAGGUGCUGAAGCUCUAGAAUCACCGAAGGAAGUUUCUGAGAAAGACGAGGAGAGGACGCUGGUGGAAAAAAUGUUCGGCGGGAAGUUAUUGACAAGGAUCUCCUGCAAGAAUUGCCGAGGCGUGUCGGAGAGGUUCGAGGCGUUCACCGACCUCUCCUUGGCUUUCCCGACGCAGGGUGUCGAGUCCGCUGCAAAGCUUGAUUCGGUGCAGCCGGUCACGAGUUCGCACUUGGCCAACGAAGUAAGCAGUGUGCCAAAUGUGACACAACACUCGGCACUGCCUUCGGGCUGCGCGCAGGCGCCCGAGUGUCAAGGUGUGAACGUAAAGGAUCCCACGCAGCUUGGCAUCAGUGAUGAAGUGAGCGAAUCGGCGUGCACCUUCCGCAGCGAGAGCCCCACAGGCUCAACGCAAGCAAGCGCCUCUACUCCGGCCACAAGCGUAAGCGAUGACAGUCGCUGUUCCCAAGAAACGGAAACGGCAGAAACAUCUAACACCAAAGUAGACGCUGCCACGAUGACUAUGCCGAGCGACGGCAUAGAACAUUUCACCGACGUUGCGGUAGAAGUGCGGCCGGGACCCCACGUUCUAGUCGGCGGCAACGGUGUCUCCGUCUCGAGUAAUGAACGACCGCCAUCAAAGCCGGAGGUCGUCGUUUGUUCACCUGACUCUGACACAGACAGGGAGUCGGAAAGCGUGCCCGGUCUGAUCAAUUAUUUCCUAACACCAGAGACACUGAGCGGGGAGAACCGGUAUUACUGCGAGGCGUGCAAUUCCCUGCAGGACGCGGAGCGUGCCACGUUGGUGGCCGAGAGCCCCGAGUACCUGGUCCUGACGCUGCUGCGGUUCUCCUACGACAUGCGGACUCACUCCCGCCGCAAGAUCCUGCGCAAUGUGCACAUCCCUCCCAGCCUCGUCCUCUCAGCACGGGCCAAGAUGAAAUGUGUUCCGCCACCGCCGAAGAACCACUGCUCGCAGGACUGCAGCUGCAACCUAAAGGUCAGCUCGGGGGUGGACACCGAUGACUCCUGCUGCAAUGCUAAGUCUCCGCUCUGCAAAAAAAUGAAACAUUCUGAAGUGGAGCUCGAAUCGGACGGGUUUUGUGACUCGACUGUGCCGUACGUGCUUACGUCCGUAGUGGUGCAUUCGGGGAUGUCUUCGGAGAGCGGCCACUAUUACAGCUACGCCCGGGACUGUGGGAAGCAGCGCGGGGGCACGAGACGCUGCCACAGAUUCAGCAGCAGCAACAACAACCUCAUGCCAGAGGGCACGGCUGCAUCUCCCACCGGCACGACCAGCGAUCUCGAUGAGUCUUCAGCUCCUCCGCCUGAUAAAGACGUUGACGAUAGAGGCCCGCCGAGCUGUCAACUCCCUUGUGCCACCGCCUCAAAGGUUGACCAGGAGGAAGAGAAGACUGCAGAUGAGUCGGAGGAGGAGGAGGAGGAGCAGGGGGAGGAAUGGCUUUUGUUCAACGACAGCCGCGUGUCUUUCUCGUCGUUUGGCUCCGUGAGCGGCGUUACGAGCCGCUUCCCCAAGGACACGGCGUACGUGCUGAUUUACCGGCGAAGGGACCGCCGGCCGGAGGGAGACGGUGCUGCUUGCGAGCGACUUUGCUUUGAGCCGCCCCUCCGCAAGGAGUUAAUGGAGGCUGUGAGCCGCGACAACAAGCUCUACCUCCAGGAGCAGGAGCUGGAGGCACGGACCCGUGCUCUCCGUACCUCCUCCUCAUCCUCAUCAUAUCACCGCCGCGAUGACGAUGACAGCCACUCGCCUGGGAGCUGCGGCCCUGGGGGUGGAGGCAGUGGAUUCAGCUCCAUCAGCCGCCUAGUCUUUUGACCCGAACUUCAUCUGCACGUCUGAGCCCAGUGUAACCUCCACCUCACUCCCCAAGCCUCCCCUCCGUGACCAUCCACUUUAAUCCCAUUACUGAACAACUCAGGCUGCAUGAAUUACUUUUUGGCCAAAGUGGUGAAUGUUUGUGUUUUUUUCAUGUGCGCUUUUUCUCAACUCAGUAGCUCGAAGGCAUAACCGCUUGCAGGCUGCAAUAUAAAUUUCCCAACUCCGAUAUUAGGCAGUUGGGUGGAUCAGUAGUGGGAGCACUGGCCUUCGGGCCAGUUAGCAAUGAGUCCAUAGCUUCAUUCCCACCACUUGGCAGUAAUUUCCUUGUAACGUUACCAUAGCAUCCUGUGCUGGAAGUGAACGUUACAGAUCUUGUGACACCAUUCUCAACAGAAGACUAUAUUGUGCCAUAGGUGAAAUAUUUGUUUUUUUAUUACCCUAAACUAAGUUAUAAAAUAUUUGCACUUUGCAAAGACAUACAUCUUUCUUACAAUUCGAUACUUUAAUUUGGGCUUUUGUUUAUGGGGAAAAGGUUUUUGAAUAAAUUUUGAUGCACAUUAAUUGAAAAUCGCAUGUUGAACUCUAUAUAUUCACCACUCCAGUUAGUAAAUUCCCAGAUUUAUUACCAGUUGUUGUUUAGAGAAACUUGAUAAUAAAAUAUUGACUUAAAGCUUUGGUGACUGCAGGAACUCAGUAAAGUCACGUAGAUAGAAAAAAUAAUAAAUAAUAAAAAGAUCAUGACGUUUCGAUCGCAACACAAGCGGUCGUCAUCAGGAAAAGUGGGGUUCGCUUCUAAAGACAACUGCUUAUUAAGGUUUGAAAUGGGCGUAGCCCAAAUGUCAGCAGCCAAUGCAAGUGGUGGACAGCGACCGCGGCAGUGGUGGGCUUUCCACCAAUCACAGGACUGCCAGGCAGAGAUUAGCAUGUCAAUGCAAGAUCGCCGAGACUCCUUCACGGCGAGUGCGCCAAGGUGGCUAUGUUAAUGUGAGAGGUUAGCAUGUUGAUGGAAGAUCGCGAAGCAGCAGCCUCGAGGAUGGCGCGCAAGGUAGCUGUGUUAGUGAGAAAUUUAAUCUGUUAAUGUCAAAAAUCAGAGCCGAAAAUAAUAACUAACAUCGGAAGGUGGUAGGCUGGGAACAUCACAGCCCGUUAUGAUUUAAACUGGUUAAUAACGUCCUUCCA